AUGAAUUUUAAAACAUUUUUAUUAUUUCCAAUUUUUUGUUGUUCUUUCCUCCAUUCAUUUCUUGAAUCUUCUGCUUGUUUUGGUGGAGGGAUUGGUGGUUGUGGCAUAAAUCCUUGGGGAGGAUUUGGAAGUUUUGGGUGUGGAUGGGGUGGUGGAGGAGGAGGGGGAGGAAUGUUUGGGGCUAGCGAUUGGAAUUUUGGAAUUGGAGGGUAUCCUGCUUAUUCUGCACCCAUUAUUGGAGCUUAUCCUUAUUCUACAAGUAAAUUUUAA